AUGUCGCGCUUGUCAGUACAUGAGGUGCAGAGGCACACGGGCGCCAACCGCAACGGCACGUGGGUCGUGUACAAGAACGGCGUGUACAACAUCACCAAGUUCAUCGCGGCUCAUCCGGGCGGCACCAAGAUCCUGCUGGCUGCAGGCAAUUCCAUUGAGCCCUUCUGGCAGCUCUACGCGGCGCACAACCACGCAGACGUACACAAGAUCCUGGAGAAGCUGCGCAUCGGAAACCUCCGAGCGGAGGACGUGGAGAUGCUCGAGGCGCUGCGCAAGGAACGGUACGGCGACGGGCCGUACAGCAAGGACCCGACGCGGCACCCGGCGCUCAAGGUGAACUCGAGCAUGCCGUUCAAUGCCGAGCCGCCGUCGGAGCUGCUCAUGCAGUCGUUUAUCACACCGAACGACUUGUUCUUCGUGCGGAACCAUUUGCCAGUGCCGGACGUGGAUGCGGAGAACUUUACGCUGAAGAUUUCCGGGUUGGGGAUCGGUAAAAACAAGCAGGUCGAGUACACACUGGAUGAACUCAAGAGCAAGUUCAAGCACCACACAGUGACGACGACGAUCCAGUGCGCUGGCAAUCGGCGUGCGGAGAUGUCGGGCGUGAAGCAGGUGAAUGGACUGAGUUGGGACACCACGGCGCUCUCGACAGCGAACUGGACGGGCGUGCUGCUGUCAGACGUGCUAGCAAGUAUCGGCGUCACUGACGAGGAUUCGCGAGAGGGACAGUGUGACUGCGAGGUGGGGGAGAACAUUGGCACAUGUGAUGACUGCAACGCCGUUAUCCAGCACGUGCAGUUUGAAGGACUAGACUGUGACACUGAAGGGAAAACGUACGGUGCCUCGAUCCCCGUCGCUACGGCACUAGACCCGCGGAAGGACGUGCUGCUGGCGUUCGAGAUGAACGGUGAAACCAUCCCGCGUGACCACGGCUACCCGUUGCGUGUUAUCGUGCCUGGUACUGUUGGAGCUCGAAACGUGAAAUUUCUGCACCGUAUCGUGCUCUCAAGCGAGGAAAGCCCCAGCUUUUGGCAGCAGCGCGACUACAAGGGCUUCCCGCCCAACGUUGACUACACCCGCGAUGACUUCUGGAAAUUUGCUGGUGAUUCUAUUCAAGAGCUGCCUGUGCAGUCUGCGAUUACAGAGCCCAAGAACGACUCCGUGCAUUUUGUGGACGAUGCUACAGACAGUUCGAUUGUGGCUGUAAAGGGCUACGCUUGGAGUGGAGGUGGUCGCAAUAUUAUUCGCGUGGAUAUUUCAGUGGACGGUGGCAAGACGUGGACACCCGCGGAGCUGCACGAGUCUGGAAAGCGUCAGAAGUACAACCGUGCUUGGGCGUGGACUCCGUGGGAGCUGGACGUGGAAGUUCCGCCAGGUACAAAGAAGUUGGAUAUCUUGUGCAAGGCUGUGGAUGCUUCCUACAAUGUGCAGCCUGACACUAUUGCCCCCAUCUGGAACAUGCGCGGCGUACUCAACAACGCCUGGCACCGCGUGCACGUCUCAGUGGAGGAGUCGGAAGAAGAAGAAGAAGAGGAAGAAGAAGAAGAGGAGAAAGAAGACUAA